AUGGACAAAUCCGGGUUGAACCUCUGUCAGCGCAAAUAUGCUCUAGAUAUCCUAGAGGAGUCGCGCUUUCUCAGCUGCAAACCAGUAAGCACACCAAUGGCUUUUGGUCUUCGAUUAAACAAGAGUGAUGGGAACAUUCUCAGUAAUGUUGGGAGUUAUAGAAGAUUGGUAGGAAGGUUGUUAUACCUCACAGCUACUCGUCAAGAAAUCGCCUAUGUUGUACAGCAGCUGAGCCAGUUUAUAGAUGCUCCCACUAGCGAACACAUGGCUGCUGCGCAUCGUAUCUUACGUUACAUAAAGAGUGCACCUGGCCAAGGCAUAUUUUAUCCAUCAAAUGGUGACAUGCAACUUAAAGUCUUUUAUGAUUCCGACUGGGCUUCAUGUUCUGAAACAAGGAAAUCCACUACACGAUUCUGCAUAUUCCUUGGGUCUGCUCUUGUAUCCUGGAGAUCGAAGAAACAAGCUACAGUCUCUUGUUCCUCCUCCGAGGCUGAGUAUCGAGCUCUCGCCGCCACAGUAUGCGAGGUGCAAUGGCUCACAUUUACGCUCCGUGACUUGCAGGUUAACUUGACGAAACGGGCAGCUGUGUUUUGUGACAAUAAGUCAGCGAUUGCCAUUGCAGAAAACUAUGUUUUUCACGAGCGAAUGAAGCAUAUAGAAAUAUAUUGCACCAUUAUCCGGGAAAAGGUGACGCAAGGCUUGAUCAAGCUUCUCUUUGUUUCUUCUUCAAGCAAAAUAACAGAUGGUUUCACAAAAGCCCUACCUAUUCCUCAGUUCCGCUUGUUCAUUUCUAAGCUGGGCAGUCAAGAUUUACAUACCCCAGCUUACGGGGGUAUUGGAGAAUAG